AAGACAUCUGGCCACUUCCCCAGUCACUUCUCUGGUCCUGCGGGCGCCAGCAGCGCCAAGCCCCGCCCGCCGCCAGCCGAGCCCCGCGUGCGGACUAGAGGCGAGCGCACUCCGGCCUUCUCGCCCGCCUCCCGCAGAGCCAGGCCGGAGCCACGCACAGGCACAAGUCUGCCAGGCCGCUACCAGCCCUGGUCCAGCCAUCAGGGCCCAUCCGACCGUCGGCGAUGUUUUAUUUCCACUGUCCGCCACAGCUAGAGGGCACUGCGCCUUUUGGGAACCACUCUACAGGGGAUUUUGAUGAUGGGUUUCUUAGAAGAAAACAGCGCAGAAAUCGAACGACCUUCACUCUUCAGCAGCUGGAAGCUCUGGAGGCAGUCUUUGCCCAAACACACUACCCAGAUGUCUUCACCAGAGAAGAGUUAGCCAUGAAAAUAAACCUCACAGAAGCCAGAGUGCAGGUUUGGUUCCAGAACCGAAGAGCCAAAUGGAGGAAGACAGAGAGAGGGGCCUCUGACCAGGAGCCAGGGGCCAAGGAACCCAUGGCAGAGGUGACACCACCGCCAGUGAGGAACAUCAACUCUCCACCCCCAGGGGACCAGACCCGGAGCAAGAAGGAGGCCCUGGAAGCCCAGCAGAGCCUGGGACGCACAGUGGGUCCUGCCGGGCCUUUCUUCCCCUCCUGCUUGCCAGGGACCCUCCUGAACACAGCCACGUAUGCCCAGGCCCUGUCCCAUGUGGCAUCUCUGAAAGGGGGCCCACUGUGCUCUUGCUGUGUCCCAGACCCGAUGGGACUCUCGUUCCUCCCCACUUACGGCUGCCAGAGCAACCGCACAGCCAGCGUGGCCGCCCUGCGCAUGAAGGCCCGCGAGCAUUCAGAAGCUGUUCUGCAGUCUGCCAACCUCCUGCCAUCCACCAGCAGCAGCCCUGGCCCUGCCUCCAAGCAGGCGCCUCCAGAAGGCAGCCAGGACAAGACCUCCCCAACCAAGGAACAGAGCGAGGGAGAGAAGAGCGUAUGAGGGUCCAGAGGACCCAGCCAGGAGCCCUCCCCACCCCUGCUUCUCUCAGCCUCAGCCCUGCCAUCCUCUGAACCACAAGGAGUAGCUGCCUCCUCACUGGACCUGGCAGGGGAAGCGAGACCUGCAGCUGGUUGAGAGCUGGAGAGUCCCUCUAGUAUUCUGCUGGUAGGCUGUGUUGUUCUGGCUUUUUCUUUGGUGACAUUUCCUGAUGGCUCUUAAUGGCUCUGGACACUGCUCUGUGAUGCGGCCCCUGGAUUUUUUGUCUUGUUUGUUUGUUUGUUUUAGGCCAAGCAGUCUUGGAGCAAAGCAGACUAGUUCUUCGAGCCAACCUUCUUGAGCUAUCUGAGAAGGUCUUGUCAAUUCCAGGGGCCAUGGCAUGGAUCAUUCCUGAAAGAUGCCGAGAAGUGGCAUCUCAUGACAGGAAAUGAGUCACUCCCAUAUUGCUUAAAACCACAGAACGGAUAGGCUAUGAACCAGUUCUCACUCCCUUCAGUCAAGACUGGCAACAGCCCCUUUUCUCUUGUUUAAAGGUAUUAGCUGAGGUUUUGGUUAGGAAGUGACAAGCUAUGGGCUGAGGACACAGUGGUCCUGAUCCUAGCAGGUUCCCCUGGCCCAGUCAGACAGGUUGUCAGUUCUGUGGCCCCUGGGAGCGGGACUGCUAUCCUGAUACUAUGUGUGUGGAGCGAAAGUGGGUUCCCUGCAAUUAGAGCGUCCACUUGCAGGCCCCGCCUCUCUUCAGAAGUGACGGGAAGUUCGCCAGUUCAGAACGUAGCUUUACGGCCCACGAAAGGACAAGAGCCCCUGAAGUGGGAGGAAAUCCCCAGGAAGGUCCCUGAAAUAUGCCCAGAUGAGGGCCUGUCUUCAUGUCUCCUGUAUGUAGAGAGGGUGACAAGACAGGAAACUCAGUAAGGUGACUCCGUGUGGUGGGAGAAAAUGGACUCCAAAGGGCCAAAUUUCAUAGAGAUUUCUGCCUCAGUCUAGUGUGGCUGUGUUCUUCCAUGCAGAUGGUGACCUCGGAGAGAUCAGAGGGAGAUGUGCAAUAGCUUGUGCCCCUCUCCUGGCCCGGUCCUGGAAGGGUUGUAGUCGUUGGUGGCUUUUGGUGAUGAUGUUUCCACACAAACAGCCAUUGCUUUCAUGAAGGCUGUUAUCAUUUCAGUUCUGAUAAUCGAGAGGCCCCGCUUCCAGGCCAUCUGCCUCCCCUUAGCUCUUCCGAAGCGCCCCUCCCCUGUAAUACUCCUCAGUGUAUCGUGCCUCACUUACAGUUACGGCAAUGCAUCUGAUGGAACACACUGUCUCCAUAAAAAGGUAAAAAAAAAAAAAGAAAAAAAAA